AUGGCAUCUUUAUUUUCGGAUAGCCUGCGAAAGAUAUGGCCCUUUUCAAUGCCUGAAAGUGAUGUGAGGGAUUCAAAGGAGCUUGUUCACGGACUUUCUUUGCCUGAGAGUACAAAGAGCUUUGUAUUUGCAAUCAGAGUCCCCGAGCAUGAUUCCACUAUUUACAUACUCUCUGCUCAUAAUUUUUCUAAGAGAUCCGCUAUUGAUGCCGAGUGUCUCAUACGUGAAAUCCGACCUGAUGCUGUAGUGGCUCAAGUGAACAAGUCAGCUUUUGGAGAAGGUCAAGUCGAGGAGAGUGUAUUAAGCUCAAUCCCAACGUCAGCUUUUAAAGUUAUCAAACAGCUUCUCGUAGGCAGCGUUAACAAAGAAAAGUACGAAAGUGCUGCAGGAGCCUUGGUCUUGAAGGAGAUUUUCGGGACAGGCUUUAACGGACAUGUAUUGGCUGCUAAAAAAGUGGCUGGUGAGGUUGGUUCAUCGUUUAUGGAACUCGAAUCUCCUUUUGUUACGCAAGGUCUAACUAAUAAAUGGCUACCACGAGCUUAUUAUGGCUCUGCUUUCUCUUCAAGCUCGGGAACGUUUCAGAUAACCAACGAUGCACAUGCACAGAUGCUGAAGCUGUUAUCUUCGCAUAUCACUCAGCUCGGUAAAGAGCUUACACCAUCAAGCUGUGUUUCCAAUGAGAUAGAGUUGGAUAGUGAUGAGGUUCCACCGUUUGCUCACUCCGUUUAUUCAUUGCUUGUUGAUCUUCAUUACACAUUUAACGGUCUCCCAGCUAUUAGGAAAGCUCUGACCAAUGCCAGAAAGAUGUUGUCUGAUGUGAGUAGAGGAGAAUCCAUUGAUACAGAGGUUAUCUCUGAAGUUUACCUUUUCCAGAUUGCAGUCGAAAAUACUUCCUUCAGCUCCUUCGAUUGCAAAAAUGGGUCGAGGGAUCCGAAACUUGCAUGA